AUGGCAACACUGCAACAUAAAACUGUCGUUGUCGUUGGCAGUUUGUCUGGCAUCGGAUUUGCAGUAGCCCUCGGCACACUCCAAUUGCUUGCAAGCCUUGUUAUCAUCGCUUCGAGCAACAAAGCGUGUCUCAAAGACACCGUCGCACGGUUGAAAGCGCACAACCUACCAGGUAAAAUCCGCGGUGAGGUGCUUGAUGCAAAGGACUCCGAUGCUGUGGAAUCUUUUACGGUUGCACUGGAAACUGUGGAUCACAUUGUUUGGACUAGCGGCAACAUCCCAAAGUCCAAGCAGGGUGAAGGUGUACUCUUAUUUUCCAAUGUUGAAUCGGUUGAGAGAGAACAGGGUGUCACUGGACAGAGGCCGUUCCCUGGUGCGGCACUUGCAACAAGCGUUUUGACCACUCUGGAAAGAUUAACCAGGGGCUUGGCUGUAGACCUUGCCCCAGUUUGUGUCAAUCUCAUCUGCCCGGGCUUGCUCAUCCAAAAGAUGUUUGGAGAGCACAAAGAACAUUUUACCAAGGCUUAUAUUGAAAAAAUCCUGCUGAAACGAGGUGCUGAUCCAAGCGAGUGUGCAGAGGCAUAUCUAUUUGUUAUGAAGACACCUUUUUGCUCUUCUCAAGCAGAUGAAGAGGCACACCGUUCAAAUGUUUGUGCUUCAAUGCGAAUAGCAUCAAUGGCAAAUUCUCCUCCUAGACGAUCACCUCUGCCAUCUGCUUCUUCUUUGCACUUAGUACAAAUCAUUCCCCCUCAACACAUUCCCCCUCAACGUUCACGACAAAUUGUAAAUACAAAUGCAAUUGCUGGCCCUUCAUUAUUACCCAAAAUACGUCAGCCACAGCAAUUUUCCCAAUUUGGAACUGUCACUGUCACACCUGCUCCUUCACGUUUGAAUGAGUCAGCCGUGAAUUUGAGUCCUUCUGCUUCUUCACGUCAUCAACGGAUAGCUGGUUUGGAAAAUCGUACUACUUCUCAAGCCCGUCGAGUUGCCAGUCGGCUGUUCCAUCAUCAGCAAGAACAUACUAUUCCUGCACCGGGCAACAAUGUUGUUGAGGAUGAUUUAGAUGGGAGUGAAAAUAGCAAUAUUGAAGGAGAAGAUGAAGAUCUCAAAAGCCCUAUGUCGACACUAUACAAAAGCAUGAUCUUGGUCUAA